AAUUUUUUCAAAGUUAGAAGUACUCUGAAAACUUUAUUAUGAUAAAAAUAUUUCAUUAUUUUGUUGCGAUGUGGAUAAUCGUGAGAAAUAAUCAUGUAAAAUCAGAUUUGUAUCAAACUUUUGAUGAAGAAAAUGAAAGAUUUUACUUGUUUAAAAAUAAAGUUGCGGUUGGUACAAGUAAACCUUUUAAAGAAGAAGAACACGUAGAUUUCAAAACAUGUCUGAGCGUUUGUGUGAUGGAUAAAAAAAAUUGCAAGUCUUUAAUGAUUUUCAAGAAAAAUAUUACCGAAGACUAUUCUUGCCAAUAUUUUAAAUUCGGAAAUAUUUCUUUAGUUAAAGAUUCAACAAACGCAGUUUCGUACUUUGUGAGAAAAGGAGGGGAGUUUUGCAGUGAGCAUUGUAAAAGAUUGAAUCCUAAAAAAUUGUGCGGUGAAUGUAAAUGCGUUGACACAUGUGGAGUGUUAAAAAAUUAUCAUUGUAAUUGUACAAAUGCUGUAACUGUAAUGAAGAGUUGUAAAGAUCUUUCUGAGAAUCAAAUUUCUGGUUGGUAUCUUAUAGAUCCUGAUCAAAAAGGGUCUUUUCAAGUUUUAUGUUUCAUUCAAAGGUUAGAAAUAUCAAACAGAGAUAUAAACUGUACCUUCAAAAAUAAUACAUUUAUUCCAUUUGAAAGUACUAAAGGUGGAAUAUCGGACACGGUUACGUCAUUUUCUUCAUGCAUUACUUAUUGCUAUUCAUCUUUAAGUAAAAGAAACUUCAAUGGUUGGUCGUAUUACAACAAAAAUGAAAUCCAACAAUGCUCAUGCGCACUUGACGCUAAAACUGAGUCAAAGGUUGAAGGCUGGAUGAGUUGCAUUGUGAAACUUACCAAGUUGGAAAAACAACUAAUAUAUUUAGCGAUGACUGUAAUGAUGCACAGGGAAGCAAACACUGAACCUAGUUUCUGGGAUAAAACGUUAGAAGAAUAUUUCAAAGGCUUUUACACGGCAGAUAACUAUUGGAUAGGAUUAUACCAACUAGAACGUAUUAGUAAUAAGUUCACAUUAGAUAUGAAAGUUAUUAUGGUUACAAAGUCAAUGAGCGAUACCGUGACUGUAUACUACCGUAAUAUUAAACUAAAGAAAAUAUCAGGUGUUUUUACGUUUACUUACAGUGAAUUUGAUUCAAAUAAAGCAAGAACUCUUGGAGAUUUUAAUAACAAGCAAAUAAACAUUGCUUCGAAAUUUCAACAAUGUAAGUCAGGUGGAAUUUGGUGGACUUUGUGCACGGAAAAAGAAAAGCUUCCAACCUAUCCAACAGAAGACUAUGGUUUUGGAAACAUAGAUGACGUCAAAACUAUAACCUUUUUGUUAAUUACAAAGAAAUAAUCUACGCAAUAACGAAAAAAAUUGUAGCACAUCUAUUUUUUAAACAUUUGAAAGAAAUUUCAAAAUAGCAUUUAUUAAAACGUUUGCACAUAAUACUUCGACUUGCGUCUGUUUGUAAUAUUUUUUUAUAAUUAACGCAUAUUUAUCUUCAUACCUUUUUUGUUUUGUUUUUAAAU